CACAAGAAUGAGCUUUGCCGAGUCUCAAGAAAGUACAACUGCAUGACACUAAUUGCCUUGAAUUUCUGUCUCAUUAGCACCACCGCCAUGUAGCUCUCCUGUGGAUGUGGCAUUUAUCAUCGAUUCUUCGGGCAGCAUUGGCAAAAGAAACUACCUGAAACAGAAGAACUUUGUCAAGGAAGUAGCGAAGAGUUUCGGCCUAGCACCAGACCAGAGUCAAGCAGCCAUGGUUCUGUACAGUAACUCAGCUUCAGUACAGGCUCGAUUCGGCCAGUAUGCGACCACGGAGGAGUUCGCCAAAGCUGUGGAUGCUCUACCUUACGAGAGAGGCCAGACACGAAUCGACAGAGCGCUGGAUUUAGCAGCCACUGACAUCUUCCCACAAGCCAGAGCGGGCGUGCCUAAGCUUGCCCUGCUGAUAACUGACGGUACCCAGACCCCAGCAGCCGACGCCAAAGGCUUGAGAGAGGCCUCCGAGCCCUUGCGCAAGGCAGGCGUUCGUGUUCUAGCCGUGGGUAUUGGCAGUGGUGUCGACCGAGAUGAACUAAGAUUGGUAACGGAGACUGACGACGACGUUGUGGUGGCCACUGACUUUCAAGACCUGCUGCUGAAAAUGGCCAACCUGACCAGCAGGGCCUGCGAACUGGCUGGUGAGUGUGGUCAAAGUUAGAGGUCGCUUUGUGGCCUGACUUUGGCUUUUGCAAAACAGCUCUAGCUAGAUAGGAAUACUGAGAUUUCCUGCUUGCAUGCUAGCCCGCCAAGUUAAUGUCCGCCCCAAACUAGUGUCCAGCCAUUCAAAAGGCGCCUGUCGUCGCCUUCUGCGACUUGACUGAGUGCGAGAGAAGUGCUCAUGCCAUGAUUUAAGGCCGCAGCUCG